AUGGCAGUCGACGCGGAGCAGUUUGACUUGCUGGCGCAGCAGGUCAAAGGUCUCGUUGAAGCUGUGCAAGCGAUGCAACAGCAGCAGCCGCAGGCGUCGGCACACCCAGAAAGGGCGUCGCCGGAAUGUCAGAACCCGGCGGCAGGACGGGCCACCUGGACCAACCGCCCCAUCCUUCCUGGGAAAACAGACCCAAGGCACGUCCUCGAGCGCUCGACGAAGUUGCCGGCUCUCAGCUUCCGCCUCCCGACGCCUCUUCCUCAAAACUUCAGACUCCGCCUCCGCGUCCGCAAUGGCCCGCCGCUCGAGCGCCAGCUGGAUCUUCACCUGUUGCAGCUCGGCUGUCUUCUCUCCGAGGGAGGCAGAAAUCCCCUCAACAGUGCCCCUCAGGGCUUGGAGCUCUUCAGAAUCCCGGGCGGGCAUAAGUGGCGCCCUGUCAACCAGCUGCCUCUGGAGUCGGACAACUUCGUCGGCCGCCCUUCGGAAUCUCCCCUUGUAGUCUUCCACCUUAAAGCCUUAUAUGCCUACCCAACAGAUCAUUUGCUCUUGAUGUCUGCAAUUGAUUUGUCAGCCAACAAGUUGACAGGAAACAUCCCACCAGAAAUUGGAAAUCUGCAUGAACUUGUACAAUUGAAUCUAUCACACAAUCAGCUAACAGGUCCAAUUCCUGAAGCUUUCUCCAAGCUCAAUCAGUUGAGUGGUGUGAUACCCCGGCAAUUGGCUCAACUACAUUUCUUGGAGGUCUUCUUAGUUGCUUAUAAUAACUUAUCCGGAUGUACACUGGAUUUCAAAGGCGAAUUUGCCACAUUUGGUGUGAGUAGCUACGAGGGUAAUAUUGGAUUACAUGGGCCGCCAUUGGAGCAGACCUGCACUUUUGACUCAAAUCCAACGGUUGAAGUAGAAGAAAACCAAGAUAAUAGCAAUGUGGAGGAUGAUAUCAUUUUCUUUGCAAUACUUGCAGCUUCAUUCGUGACUGGCUUUUGGGGUUGUAUUGCUUUUUUGUUGUGUCAUCACACCGGGCAGCACAUUCAUAGUAUAUUGGAUGAUUUUGUGGAUUCCUUGACCCCAAGGAUCUUAAUGGCAGCACAUAAGCAGACUUGCGUGCGGCGGAAUCGCAAGUGAGAUAAACAAUAUCUUAUGCAUUUCAGAAGCCCUUUCUUUUGGCACUUUGUAAUAAAGCAAAGCAAGCUUCUAUUCAAUCCAGUAAUUUGAAAUCUUUG